AUGAAGGACGGCGACGGCGACGCCGACGGCGACAAAGGCCGAAGGGCCAAGGCGACACCGCCGAGGCACGCAACCUAUGCUGAAGCGGAAAAGAACGCCGACGUGUCUGUGGGCGACAGCGACGACGACACCAAUGCCUUGGAGGUGACUUUCGAUCCCGCGAAUCCAUACCGCCGAAAGAGUUCUUUGGUGGCAUCAGAGGUAGUGCCGCCGUAUGCACACCGGCAUCCUGCGACCACCAGGCGCGACCAAUGCCUCGUCCAUCAGUUUCUGGACAGCCAGCGCCGAGCCAACGCCGCAGUUUCCGACUCUGGUCAGAAACGAUACCAUGCCCAUCCCAUAUACGCCAGCCCCGAUGAGCACGAUGAGAGCCCUGCCGACGGGACCAGACAAGAGGACAAGGACGACAGACUUUUGGGAUCUAAACACAAGCCCAGGCAAGGCUCGCGUGUCGAGGUAGAUGUCUCUAGUCUCGAGGGAGGUCGAGUUGGACAGGCCGACCAGGAGGCCUGGACCCGCAUCAUGUCCAAGAGUGCCUCGCAGCUGGAUCUGACGCAAAACGAAGAUGUUCACAGCCGCAUGCUCACCAAGAAGCAGCUGAGUGACAUGGCAUGGGGUGUUCGUGAACUAAGCCGGAGACUGAGCAGCAUGCGGAUCCGCUUUCACGUCAAGACCAUUUUCCUCCUCACCAAGGUGUACGACCAAGAUCUUAUCCCCAAGACAAGAGACUUGACCAAGUGGCUUUUGCACAAGGAAAGGGACGUUGAUUACGUCGUGUACGUGCAAGACAAGUUGAAGACGAACAAGAAGUUUGACGUGGCCGGAAUUCUGGACGACGCCGCCAAGAGCUACCCCGUGGACCUGGCCACAGCAAGGGCGAGUUUGGAACGACGACUCCGGUACUGGGACGAGACAAUGUGCAGAUCGCGGCCGCACAUGUUUGACUUUGUCAUUACGCUUGGGGGAGACGGCACCGUCCUCUACGCCAGCUGGCUCUUCCAGCGCAUCGUCCCUCCCGUCCUGAGCUUUGCCCUCGGCAGCUUGGGCUUCUUGACCAAGUUCGACUUUGGAGAGCACGAAAGGAUACUCGGGUCCGUGUUUGACAAGGGCGUUACUGUCAGCUUGCGCCUUCGUUUCGAAAGCACAGUGAUGAGAAGCAUCAGGCGAAAGUACCCUGACGACGAAAAGGAGUCGGGCGAAGACGACGACGAUCUGCACAGGCGCAGGGACUUGGUCGAGGAGUUGAUAGGGGAAGAGAGAGAGGACGAACACACUCAUCGACCCGACGGCACGUAUGAAAUCCUAAACGAAGUCGUCGUGGACCGUGGACCGAAUCCAACCAUGUCAUACACUGAGAUAUUCGGAGACGACGAGCAUUUCACCUCCAUCCUUGCGGACGGCGUGUGCGUGUCCACACCAACGGGAUCCACGGCGUACAACCUCGCGGCCGGAGGCUCACUCUGUCACCCCGAAAACCCCGUCAUGCUGGUGACUUCGAUUUGUGCGCACACGCUGUCAUUCAGACCAAUCAUUCUGCCCGAUACGAUUGUGCUCCGCGUUGGCGUGCCGUACGACGCGCGAACGGCAUCGUGGGCGAGUUUUGACGGCCGUGAGCGGGUCGAGAUGAAGCCUGGUGACUAUGUGACCAUCAGUGCGAGUCGGUUCCCGUUCGCGUCUGUGCAGACGGAGGGCCGGCGAAGCGAGGACUGGGUGAAUAGCAUCAGGGGAAAGCUGGGAUGGAACACGAGACAGAAACAAAAGGAGUUUAAGCAGUGGGAUUAG